AUGGCCGACUUGUUGGGAAGCGGCAGUUUCCUGGGGAUUAGUAGCACGAGCUCGAGCGGCAAGCGAACGCCGAGGAGGAGAAACGGCACCGUAUCGGUAGAAGAGACGCUGGAGAGGUGGAAGAAACAAACGAAGGUGGACCUCCUGAAGAACCACAACCCACCAAAGGGCUCGAAGAAAGGAUGCAUGAGAGGGAAAGGGGGCCCCGAGAAUAUGAACUGCAAGUACAGGGGAGUUCGGCAGAGGACUUGGGGGAAAUGGGUAGCUGAGAUUCGGGAGCCGGUUCGGGGAACCGGUUCGACGAAGAAGAAAGGGAUCAGACUCUGGCUCGGAACGUUCGAGACUGCAAUUGAAGCGGCCGUGGCUUACGAUAACGCUGCCAGGUCAAUGUACGGAGAUUGCGCGGUGCUUAACUUCCCUUCUUCCUCUGACGAAGCUGUGGAGUAUCGGUCGAGCGAUAUUUUGUCUCACGAGACUGAAUCGGGUGAAGUAAGUGGGUCGCUGAAUUUGUGCGAGGGUAAUUCUAACAUGGACGUGGAAUCGAAGAUGGAACCGGUUGGUAGAUGUGAAGGUGACUUGUGUGGGAGUGCGAAACAUGAAUUGGGUUGCUCUGUUUUCAGUCAGCGGAAUGAGGAGUCCGUGGUGAAAACAGAAUUGGAAGCGUCGAGCUCGAAUGAGUGUGAGAAGAAGGGUGAAUCUGAACAGCAAGUCGCAAUCCUGAAAACGGAAGAACUGGACGAAGAGCUGGAGGAGUUUAUGAGAUACUGCAGUGGUUGGGGGCUAAACCCAACCACAAAUCCGCCCGAGCAAAGCCCUGUGAAAAUGGAAGAGGAAAGCGGUUAUCAACAAACCAAUAACGGUGACAUCGAUCUGAAUCCUCCUCCUCGUGUCUACCCUGGAAGCUCUUCUGAUUUCAACUCGUCAGGGGUGCGAGGAAGAUAUGGUGAUUAUGGACAUUGCUCCCAGUUGGGUUCGCAGCAGGAUGGAAGGCAGUGGGAUCUGGCUCCUUACAACAAUGGUGGAGGAAGUGGGAGCUGUGGCUUUGGUUGGUCGGGCUGGGGGGCGGAGAUGGAUUGGAAUAUGACGAUGGAAGAGCCAGGGUUUUGUGAAGAAGAUAGGUUGUUCUCUGUCGCUGAAUUUGGAUUCCAGUAG